AUGACCGAUAACCACUUGACCCUGUUCUGUCUUGUUGAUGGAGAGGCUACCUCCAACGCGUUUCCUGCCGAGAUUGAGUCAAUCACGACAAUCGGUGACCUCAAGAAGCUCAUCAAGGCUGAGCAGAGUCCUGACUUUGACGACAAUGUUGCAAACAAGCUCACCCUCUGGCGCGUUUUCAUCCCCGAGGUCAAGCAAUCCUCCACCAUCACGGUUGAUGCUCUCGAUGAUAAGACAGAAUUGGACAAACCAAGGACUCCACUCUCUGAACUCUUUCGCGAAAUUCCUGAAGACAACACCUACGUCAUUGUCCAGCGACCCCCACUAGGUCACCUCCAUGCUGACAUCAAAAACACCACGGAUAAGUUCUUUGCACCUGGACCAAUUGCCAACUUUCUCGACGCGUUUGUGAAAGGCGAAGGGGCGCUACCCAUUACAUCAGGAGCCAUUCAUGGUUUGCCAAGGGCGUGGCGUCGCGGAUUCGGAAAAGCACCAGAAACGGAAACCCGACCCAGCCUGCUGUUCAUGGACCUUCUUGACCCGUCCACACCUGAUUCGGAAUCAAGGAAUCUCUCAGCUGGAUCUAUUCUCGACAUGGUCAAGGAAUAUAAUCGAUAUCACAUUCUUCAGUGUUCGGCGUCUCUGACCCGUGCUGUCAUCAAGCUCCUGUCUCAGCACUGGGGUUUCUACUUCAGCGCUGCCGAUGACGACUGGGGAUCCGACAUGAUGACACUUUAUGGUUCCGUCCGCGAUCACUUGAAGGAUCUCCAGGCAUCCUACACCGUCGUGGAUCUCAAGGCCAACAACGCCUAUGCUCGGAAGAUAACUCUUUUGCUGUUUCUCUCUUGGCUUCUCGUCUUCAAGCACUGCUUGAGCGUCCUCGGUGACAGCGAGACAUUUGCCAGUGCUCGGUGGGCUCUCCUGCAGGUGUGCCCUCAUGUGCUGUUCCGUGACAUUUUCAACGCGCUGUUCCUCAAGUUACUUGAUCUUCAACAUCACGGCUUGAACCCUCUCUCGCUGCUAAUCCGCAACGUGUACGAGGAUGCGAAGGGACUCCUUGUCGAGCGCGGAUGUCUACCAAAGAUCAAGGAUGACACCAGACUCCUAGUCAUCAACGAUGAGGCACAGUUCCUUGGUGACCAGUUCAAUGGCUCUUUCCAGUCGAAAUCCUCUUCGGAGGACUCUUUACGACCGCUGCUGUCCCUAAUCCUACACGCGUUUCGAGACAUCGGUCAGCAUCAGCUCACGCUUGUCACCUGUGGCACUGGCUUGAGCAUCAAUACCCUUUUCUGGGUUCAGAGCUCUGGCUCAGGCCUUAAGGAUAGCUCAACCAACCUUGAGUGCUUUGAGUUUCCAGGGUGGAUAGGUCUCGAAUCGAUCAAGGCGUACGUUUCUCGAGUGCGGAGGUGCCUGCUGAAUGACGAAUCAAGGCGGGUCCUUGGCGAGAGUCUUCCGCAGGAUGCACUCGACAUGCUGUUCGACAAGUUUGUGGACCGCUAUCGACCAGCCAUCGUUCCCGAGAAAAUCGUGGAGCACAGCGAGCAUGGCUCAUGGAAGGCACCCAUCGAGGGCACGGAAGACAAGCUCGUUGCAUGGGAGCACAGGACCAUCAAAGGCAAUCUCUGCCGCGAACUCGACCACCUUGACCAAAAGCACAAAGACGCGCGCCAUGACAAGUCUGCGGUGGAGAACUACUUCACCGCGACGGACCCAGGUUUUCAAACGGCUCUCAAGGAGUUGAUGGAUCGGACGGACGCAGCCGCUCAGGGAAACAUCUUUGGACGGUACAUGAUGACCGUUUUCAGCGAGACAUUCAAAUCGCGACGUCUCUCUGAUUGA